UCCAGCAACAGCCAGCCCAUCGACGAGUGCCCCAUCUUCGGCGCCUCCUUCCCCGCAGGCUUCAACGUCUCCACCACCGAGUCCUUCUCCCGCGCGCGCGCCGCCUUCCCCCACGCCAUCGAGCAGCAAUUCUCGUCGGGCCUGCUCAACCGCACGCACACCGUCUUCGCCAUCGACGUCUUCUCCACGGCCACCAACCGGUCCGUGUACAGCUACUUCCACGUCGGCGACGCGCUGCGCGGCACCCUCGCCGCCGGCGCCCUCAACGACACCACCGUCUCGCGCGUCGGCAGCGUCACCAAGCUCUUCACCGCGUACGCCAUCCUCCUCGCCGCGGGAGGCGUUGGCGUGCUCGAGCAUCCCGUCACGAGGUACCUGCCGGAGCUGGCGGCGGGCAAUGGGCAGCAGAGUGAUCCGCUGAACAAGCUUCGCUGGGAGGAUGUCACCGUCGGCGCGCUCAUGUCCCAGCAGGGCGGCUCAGGUGGAGUGCGUAUGUAGUAGCGGUCCCCCCCGGUUUGAUGGCAAACUUCCGAGGUCGGCAUGCCGCUGACAAGCACAUGCGUGUAGCUGGCCAAGUGAUACAAAACUGCAGCGGAACGCCGGGCGACUGCUCCAUCUCCGAUUUUCUCAAGUUGAUGCGCAACGACAAACGUCCUACGAUGCCUCCUUUUCAGAGGCCGCUCUACUCCGACGGCGGCUGGGCUGUCCUCGGACGUGUUCUCGAACGCUUGACCAACCUGCCGCUCAACGACGCCCUGCAGAAGGUGCUGUCCAAGCCCCUUGGCCUCAACUACACAGCGUACAUGAAGCCGCCAGGGAACCACUCCAAUGCCAUUGUCCUCCCGGGGCCUCUGGCGGAAUCCUCCUGGGGCUACGACAACCAGGUCAUCGCCUCCUCCGGUGGCGUCUACACGAGCACGGCCGACCUCCGCGCCGUGGGCCUUUCCAUCCUCAACUCGGAGCUGCUGGCGCCGUCCACGACCCGGCGCUGGAUGCACCCCCUCGGCAGCACCAGCUCGCUAACCUUCAACGUCGGCCCCCCCUGGGAGAUCCACCGUCUCGCCGUGCCUGUCACGCCCAAGUCCAAUCGCACUCGCAUCAUGGACCUCUACACUAAGCUCGGCGCCAACGCCGGCUACAGCUCUUGCAUCGCGCUGUCGCCAGACCACGGCCUCGGCUUCAGCCUCAUGUCGGUCGGCGCCACCGCUGGCACUGACCGCGUCACGCUGCGCGAUCUGGUCGGCGACGUGUUCCUCCCUGCCGCGGAGCACGCCGGUGCCGAGAACGCAGCCGCCAACUUUGCCGGCACCUUUGCCGAUGCCAAGAUGCCCGAAACCAACGUGACGCUUACCGUGGACCGGGGCCGGCCGGGCCUCGGGGUGGCCGAGUUGUUCUUCGGCGGCUCCGAUGCACGCGGCAACGUGUCGACGGUGCCGCCCCCGCCGGGCUCCCGGUUCGCGGUCCGCAUCUACGGCACGGGCAGCUCCUCGCCCGACAACCUACCCUCAGCGCUAUACCGGACGCGCGGGACAGUGCGGUACAGCUUCCGCGCCGUGCUUGAGAAAUUACCAUUCAAGAAGCACGGGGCGGCGCGGGACGGUAAGAGCCUAUUCAUGGACGAGUGCCUGUCGUGGUUCUCUGUGGGCUUCACGGAGAAUAUUGAUGAGUUUGUGCUCGAGGUGGUAGACGGGAAGCUGCAAUCCGUCGAACAUCCGCUCACAAAGACGAUCAUGAAAAGGAUGCAAUAGGGAGCGAAGCUCUCUGUGGUCUGUACGCGAAUAUGUAUUACUAGAUAGAAUGCGUC